UCUUGCUACACACUCACCGAGGGAAAGACUACCUGGUUUGAGUCGUUCACCCCGAAUUCUGAAAGCCUCCUCAUUCUGCAGAUCAAUCAGGCAGCCUCUGAUUUUGUUUUGAUUGGUUGCCCGAUUCCUGACGAGCCUAACCAAGUACCAUUGCAAGGCCACGAGAUAUUCGUCUACACAAACAUUCGAAAAUCGAUAAGCCACCUCAUAUUUCGAGCUCACCGUUUGGGAGAAGAACAAGACAAAAAAGAAAGAAGAGAGCGGAACGAGAUACAAGCAUAGAAACAAGAACAGUACACAAAAGACACGAGCGAGGAACAAGGACCAAGAAAAAAGAAGAAGAAUGGAAACCACGACGACGACGACGAACCCUCGAGGUAUCCCCUCUUUCCCGUUCAUGACAAACGUCAACGAUUAUGUCAAAAGUUUGGAGGAUGUCGAGUCCACGCUCACGAGGUUCCAAGAGAUGGUGUCAAAGUACACCUUUAUGCAACAAAACGUCGAACGUAGAGCUGCGGGAUUGAAGGAGAAAUUACCCGAGAUGAAGCGUACAUUGGAAGUCGUCAGAUUCUUGAAGAAGAAACGUGGUGCUACUACUACUGCUACUACCACGACGGCCGAAGAGGACCUGGACGAGUUGGACCUGGACGGUGACGGCCACGGAAGGGGCGACAAGGUCGAAACCACCUUUUCCUUGCAGGAUACCCUGUACGCCAAAGCCACGAUCGAACCGUCCAAGGUCGACGAGGUUUAUCUCUGGUUGGGGGCCAACGUCAUGGUGGCCUACCCCCUGGACGAGGCGGAAGGGUUGUUGGCCGGCAAACUCGAAAAGGCCAAGGAGUCGUUGGUGGCCGCCGAGGAGGACCUGGAGUUCCUGCGCGUGCAAAUCACCACCCUCGAGGUCGCCAUCGCCAGGGUCCACAAUUGGGACGUGGGGGAGAAGAGGAAGUUGCGCGGCCGAGGGAAGUUGUCGGGUGGCGACGAAGACGAAACCGACAAGGACAAGGACGAGGAUUGAGAGGUGGGUUCCGAUCUGACACGAACAACCUCCUCUUCGAACCUCGACGGCGAUCGAACCCUCGCUCACUCGGUCGGUCGGCCAAAAAGUACGAGUGUGGACGAAGCCGUCACUUUUGCCCCCCUCCCUGACAAUCGUCGACAGAGACGACAGACACGUUUCUCUUUCCCGAUGUCCCGAAACUCGGACAGAAGAGUAUUCUUGACGGGCCAACUCGGUCCUUGCCCUCGCCCUCUCUCUCCCCUGUCAGGUCGCCCAAGACACACAAAGGAGAAAAAAAUUGCAAAAAAUGCCGCAAGGCCUGAGAAAAUGGGGAACGGAACCCAAAAGAAUUCGGUCGAGGAUGAAUCUGGUGAUGACAUUGCCCCUCGACAACCUUUGCACAAAACGGUCCAACAGUUCAUGAGAAAGACCUCGAAUUGUGUCAACUUACACCCAUUGCAAACCCAAUGAGAGAACAACAGACGAUGACUGCGGUCCAUGAAGUUUUCAAACACAUGGCUAGAUCAGUGUCGAAAACGCAGCAUCAGGGAGGGACAUGGUAUUCUGACCAGUACGACUACAAGUGACCGGCCUACUAGGGGGGUCUUUCUCCUAGUGAUGAGGUUCAAUUCCCAUGUUGGUAGAGCGUGGCCUCUGUUCCUCCAUGGCUCGAAAUCACGUAUUUGGAUUCAUCGGUAGAAUUAUGAGCACGAUUUAUUCGAGUAGGUAAUCAUGCGCUGCCUAUCUUCUGCAUGCUCCUUCAUUAACACAUAUCAUCAUCCACGUUCCACGUUCCACGUUCCACGCCCCAUCCUCG